CGCGAGGAGCGAGAAAGAAAACAAUCUCGAAGAGCGUUAAAGGUGGUAGAAGAAUACGGUGCCUCGAAGGAGAACGAGCUACGAAUCGUCUAAAACUCUCCGACUUCAGAUUACCUUAAGUAUAUUACUGUAUAAUAGACGCUCGAAAACGACGGGAAAACGAGUGUUGAAUAGUUUCAUGUGUGUCCUUGUUACGAAGAGGUCAGUCUGUCGAGGAUCGUCCUUGGAAUCGCUCGUCCCUAAAGCCGGCUCGAGGAGCUAGUGAUCUCAAAAACAAAAAUGGCGGACGUCGACUCGAGGGUGGAUCAUUCGGAUCCCGAAUUACGGUUCCUUUCCGUUGACAGGAAUAAUUUUAACGAUCCUGCAACUCAGGCAGAAUGGACGCAGAAAAAGCUGGUUUGGGUGCCACACGAAACCCAGGGUUUCGUUGCAGCUGGGAUAAAGGGUGAACGGGGUGAUGAAGUCGAGGUGGAGAUUGCCGAAACUGGAAAACGGGUCCUUGUCGCGAAAGACGAUAUACAGAAGAUGAAUCCACCGAAAUUUGAUAAAGUUGAGGACAUGGCUGAGCUAACGUGUCUAAACGAAGCUUCCGUGCUGCAUAACCUCAAAGACAGAUAUUACUCCGGCCUCAUUUACACAUACUCAGGACUAUUCUGCGUGGUGGUAAAUCCAUACAAGAGGCUACCAAUUUAUACGGAAAAGAUAAUGGAGAGAUAUAAGGGUAUUAAGAGACACGAAGUUCCACCCCAUGUUUUUGCUAUUACUGACACGGCAUAUCGUUCUAUGCUCCAAGAUCGUGAAGACCAGUCAAUUUUAUGCACCGGUGAAUCCGGCGCUGGUAAAACUGAAAACACGAAAAAAGUGAUUCAAUACUUGGCGUAUGUCGCUGCUUCAAAGCCAAAAUCAAAUGCGGGUAAAUUUAUUCGAAUAAACUUCGAUGCCUCGGGUUACAUUGCCGGUGCAAACAUAGAAACUUAUCUCUUGGAGAAGUCGAGAGCAAUUCGACAAGCAAAAGAUGAGAGAACCUUCCACAUAUUUUACCAACUCUUAGCAGGCGCUUCACCUGAACAAAAGAAGGAAUUUAUUUUGGAGGAUCCAAAGCAUUAUCCAUUCCUCUCUAAUGGCGCACUACCAGUUCCAGGAGUGGACGAUUCAGCUGAAUUUUUCUCAACCGUGAAAUCCAUGCAUAUCAUGGGCAUGACAAAUGAAGAUUUUUCAUCGAUCUUUCGUAUCGUGUCCGCGGUAAUGCUCUUUGGUUCUAUGCAAUUCCGUCAAGAAAGAAACUCUGAUCAAGCCACGUUACCGGAUAAUACUGUAGCUCAAAAGAUUUCCCAUUUAUUGGGCUUGAGUGUAACAGAAAUGACGAAAGCGUUUUUAAAACCAAGAAUUAAAGUGGGUAGAGACUUCGUAACGAAAGCACAAACAAAGGAGCAAGUUGAAUUUGCAGUGGAAGCAAUUUCAAAAGCUUGUUAUGAGAGAAUGUUCAGAUGGCUUGUGAACAGAAUCAAUCGAUCGUUGGAUCGAACUAAAAGACAAGGAGCAAGUUUUAUCGGUAUUUUGGAUAUGGCUGGUUUUGAAAUAUUUGAAUUGAACAGCUUUGAACAGUUAUGUAUUAAUUAUACUAAUGAGAAAUUACAACAAUUAUUCAAUCAUACCAUGUUUAUUUUGGAACAAGAAGAAUAUCAAAGAGAAGGAAUUGAGUGGAAGUUUAUUGAUUUUGGAUUAGAUUUGCAACCAACUAUUGAUUUGAUCGAUAAACCUAUGGGCAUCAUGGCUUUAUUGGAUGAAGAAUGUUGGUUCCCUAAAGCAACAGAUAAAACAUUUGUUGAAAAAUUGGUAGGUGCUCAUAGUGUGCAUCCAAAAUUCAUGAAAACGGAUUUUAGAGGUGUAGCAGAUUUUGCAAUUAUACAUUAUGCUGGAAAAGUUGAUUAUUCAGCUGCUAAAUGGUUGAUGAAGAACAUGGAUCCCUUGAAUGAAAAUGUUGUUAGCCUUUUACAAAACUCACAAGAUCCUUUUGUAUGUCAUAUUUGGAAGGAUGCAGAAAUUGUUGGAAUGGCUCAACAAGCAUUAACUGAUACACAGUUUGGUGCAAGAACAAGAAAAGGCAUGUUUAGGACCGUUUCUCAAUUGUAUAAAGAACAGUUGGCAAAAUUAAUGGUUACUCUCAGAAAUACAAAUCCCAAUUUUGUAAGAUGCAUCAUACCGAAUCAUGAGAAAAAGGCUGGAAAGAUUGAUGCACCAUUAGUAUUAGAUCAAUUGAGAUGUAAUGGAGUUUUAGAAGGAAUUCGAAUUUGUCGACAAGGAUUUCCAAAUAGAAUACCAUUUCAAGAAUUUAGACAAAGAUAUGAACUUUUGACACCAAAUGCUAUCCCCAAAGGGUUCAUGGAUGGAAAGAAGGCUUGCGAGAAAAUGAUUCAAGCCCUUGAACUUGAUCCUAAUCUCUAUCGUGUUGGUCAGUCAAAAAUUUUUUUCCGUGCUGGAGUUUUGGCUCAUCUUGAAGAAGAACGUGAUUAUAAAAUUACUGAUAUAAUUGUUAAUUUUCAAGCAUUCUGUCGUGGUUUUCUUGCUCGCAGAAAUUAUCAAAAACGUUUGCAACAAUUAAAUGCUAUUAGAAUUAUCCAAAGAAAUUGUGCUGCUUAUUUAAAACUUCGGAAUUGGCAAUGGUGGCGUUUAUAUACGAAGGUAAAACCACUUCUAGAGGUAACAAAACAAGAAGAAAAAUUAACUCAAAAAGAAGAUGAAUUGAAACAAGUAAGGGAUAAAUUGGAAUUGCAAUUACAUUCUGCGCAAGAAUAUGAACGGAAGUAUCAACAAGCUAUGGAAGAAAAAACUAUGUUAGCAGAACAGUUACAAGCUGAAGUGGAAUUAUGUGCAGAAGCAGAAGAGAUGCGAGCGAGAUUAGCUGCCAGAAAGCAAGAAUUAGAAGAAAUUCUUCAUGAUUUGGAAACAAGAAUUGAAGAGGAAGAAGAAAGAAGUGCUGGCUUGACUCAAGAAAAAAAGAAAUUACAAUUAAAUAUAAGCGAUCUUGAAGAGCAAUUAGAGGAAGAAGAAGCUGCUAGACAAAAAUUACAAUUAGAAAAAGUACAAUGUGAUGCAAAAAUUAAAAAACUUGAGGAAGAUCUUGCACUUUCUGAGGAUACAAAUCAAAAAUUAUUAAAGGAGAAAAAGAUUCUUGAAGAAAGAGCAAACGAUUUAUCUCAAACACUUGCUGAAGAAGAAGAAAAAGCAAAGCAUUUGUUGAAAUUAAAAACAAAACAUGAAGCAACAAUUGCAGAUCUUGAGGAAAGAUUAUUAAAAGAUCAUCAACAAAGACAAGAAGUAGAUAGAUCUAAACGGAAAAUAGAAACUGAAGUGUCAGAUUUGAAAGAACAACUUGCAGAAAGAAAGACACAGGUAGAAGAACUUCAAUUGCAACUUGGUAAACGUGAAGAAGAAUUAAAUCAAGUAAUGGCAAAAAUGGAUGAAGAAGGUGCGGCUAAAGCUCAAGCUCAAAAGGCUCUUCGUGAAUUGGAGUCUCAGUUGGCUGAACUUCAAGAGGAUUUAGAAGCUGAGAAAGCUGCUAGAGGAAAAGCAGAAAAAUUAAAACGAGACUUAAAUGAGGAAUUAGAAGCAUUGAAAAAUGAAUUAUUAGAUUCGUUAGACACAACUGCUGCGCAGCAAGAAUUAAGAAGCAAGCGAGAACAGGAAUUAGCAACAUUAAAGAAAAAUUUAGAAGAAGAAACAUCGAUACACGAGGCAACAUUAGCGGACAUGCGUCAUAAGCAUACACAAGAGUUAACUGCUUUGAAUGAACAAAUGGAUGCAUUGAAGAAAACUAAAGCUGUUUUAGAAAAGGCAAAGGCAACCUUAGAGGCUGAAAAUGCUGACUUAGCUACAGAACUUAGGUCUGUUAGUGCCAGCAGACAAGAAUCUGAUAGAAGAAGAAAGCAAGCUGAACAACAACUUGCUGAAGUAAAUGCAAAACUUGCAGAAGUAGAAAGAAAUAGACAGGAAUUGGUGGAAAGAGUAACAAAAUUACAACAAGAAUCUGAGAGUAUCAUGCAACAAUUAGAAGCAGCAGAAUUGAAAGCUUCUACAGCUUUGAAAGCUUCAGCAACUUGCGAAUCUCAAUUUACAGAACUUCAGCAGCAACUUGAAGAGGAAACUAGACAAAAAUUGGCUUUAAGUUCGAAAUUGAGAGCGUUAGAAAGUGAAAAAGAAAGUCUGCAUGAUCAAUUAGAAGAAGAAGAAGAGGCAAAGAGAUGCUUAGAUAAACAAGUUAUGGGCUUAACUAUACAACUGGCUGAAGCAAAGAAAAAAGCUGAAGAAGAAGCUGAAGCUGCUACAGCAUUAGAAGAAGCAAGAAAGAGAUGCAUGAAAGAUAUUGAAGCACUUCAAAGACAAGUUGAAGAAUUACAAGCUGCUAAUGAUAAAUUAGAUAAAUCAAAGAAAAAGGUUCAAGCAGAAUUAGAAGAUAGUAUCAUUGAACUCGAAGCGCAAAGAGCAAAGGUGCUGGAACUAGAGAAGAAGCAGAAAAAUUUCGAUAAGGUGCUGGCUGAGGAAAAAGCGGUUUCUGAACAGUAUGCAGAACAACGUGAUGCUGCCGAACGUGAGGCUCGUGAAAAAGAAACUCGUGUCUUAUCCUUAACUCGGGAACUCGACGAAAUGAAUGAAAAGGUUGAAGAACUUGAACGAAUCCGUCGUGGUCUUCAAUCGGAACUAGAUGAACUUGUAAACAAUCAAGGAACAGCGGAUAAAAAUGUACAUGAAUUAGAAAAAGCAAAACGUGCUCUUGAGUCCCAAUUAGCGGAGCAACGUUCUCAAGUAGAAGAGCUUGAGGAUGAAUUGCAAUUUACAGAAGAUGCAAAGUUACGUCUUGAAGUAAAUAUGCAAGCUCUAAGAGCCCAAUUUGAGCGUGACUUGCAAGCUAAAGAAGAACAAGCUGAAGAGAAACGAAGAGGAUUGGUGAAACAAUUACGCGAUCUCGAAGCGGAAUUAGAGGAUGAAAGAAAGCAAAGAGCUGCUGCUAUUGCACAACGUAAAAAGAUGGAAGCAGACUAUAAAGAUAUUGAACAGCAAUUGGAAAUGCACAAUAAAGUAAAAGAAGAUGCAUUGAAACAGUUAAAGAAACUUCAAACUCAGAUAAAGGAUUCUACUAGGGAAACUGAAGAAGCUAGAGCUGCUAGAGAUGAACUUGCAGCAAGUGCUAAAGAAACUGAGAGAAAGGUCAAGAGUUUAGAAGCAGACUUAAUGCAAUUAACUGAAGAUCAUGCCAGCAGCGAACGAGCUAGAAGAGCAGCUGAGAAUGAAAGAGAUGAAUUACAGGAAGAACUCAAUAACAAUGCUAACAAAGGUACAUUGAUGUUGGAUGAAAAACGUAGACUAGAAGCUAGAAUAGCAACAUUGGAAGAAGAAUUAGAAGAAGAACAAUCAUAUGCCGAAUUACUAACAGAUAAAGCUAGGAAAGCUCAAAUAAGUAUCGAGCAACUAACAAACGAUUUAACAGCUGAAAGAUCAACUACACAGAAAUUGGAAUCGCACAAAUUGUUGUUAGAAAGGCAAAAUAAAGAACUGAAAGCGAAACUUACAGAAUUAGAAACUGCUCAAAGAGCAAAAACCAAAGCUACUAUUCAACAAUUAGAGUCAAAGAUUAAUAAUCUUGAUGAGCAAUUAGAAACUGAAGCAAAAGAAAGAUUUGCACAGCAAAAGAUUAAUAGAAAAUUGGAGAAAAAACUAAAGGAAUUGAGUUUACAGUUGGAAGACGAAAGAAGAAACUCAGAUCAAUAUAAGGAACAAGCAGAAAAAGUAAAUGCUAGAAUGAAAGCUUUAAAGAGACAACUUGAUGAAGCUGAAGAAGAAAUUAGCAGGCAUAAGGCAAUGAAAAGGAAAGCGCAGAGAGAAAUGGAUGAUAUGCUUGAAUCUCAAGAAGAAUUAACCAGGGAGGUUGCAAAUCUUAAAAAUAAAUUACGACGAGGUGGUCCUCCAAUAAGCCUUAGUUCGACGCGUCUGAAACGCGGCUCUGUCCAAACCGGUGGAUCCGGUGACGAUUCGACGACACAGGACGAAAGUAUUGAUGGUGAGGAAACUGUCAACUGAACAAGAAAACACAGCACUUAUUGAACCCUCACAAUGCAGGAAAUCCAUAAAAAUACCCAGGUCCAAGUGUAUGCAAGAUCCGUUUCGAUCAAAAUUGUGUUCGAAUCGGAGAACUCAUUUGUGUAUGAGUUCAGAAAUCGAUUCCAAUGCACCCAACGAUGCCAUUAGAUGAGGGCGACGGCUUUCUUCUGUACAUAAAAAACUCGACAGGGCCGUACCAACUAGUAUUUUAUCUCUGUUUCUUCCGGGACUCCAUAAAAAAUGGCGACUUUUUUCUGAAGACUUAAAGCAAGUCUUUCAUACUUAUUUAUGAUAAGCUAAUUAACAUUCUUUAACAUUAAUAAAUAAAUGGUAAAAGAAGGUUGUACAAGUGAAUAUAGAACUCUUUUGUUUUUAAUAAGUUUAGUGUCCAAAGUAUAAACUACAGAAUAUAUUAAUAUAUGGAAUAAUAUGGAAUGUAUUAAUGCUAUGACGUAUUAAUAGUAUUUAAAUGCCAUACUUUACAUGCUUUGCAUACACAUUUAUAAUUGACAUUCUUUCAAUUAUGUUUUAUUACUUGAAGAUUUUCGUCAUUUUUUGUGGAAUACGCUACCAUUUCGUCGGGUAAGAUUGAGACUAGAAAUAUAUUAUUGGGGCUGCAUAAUCGAUAACGAAUUAACACCGCAUUUAGGCAGCAUUAAUAUCUAUUAUAAUUAUAUUAUAGUUAUUAUUAUAUUAAUUAUUAUUAUAUUGCCGCAGUUUUUAUUUUUAUCGCGAAAAAUAUCGUAAUAUGUUAUUUGUAAUUAUUUUUAAUAAUGGAGCCAAUGAUGGACGAUUCUAGGCAUCGUUCCGAAAGAUAUAAGAUUAAUAGAAUUUUCAAAAGGCUAAAAUUUACUUUUUGUUGAUCAAGAUGUUGAAAAAAAUUAUUUUUAGAAAAACAUACUAUCAGCAUCAAAUCAAGCAAAUAAGAAUAAAUCUAGACAGAUAAACUUCUGAAGAAAAAUUUAUUCUAUAUUUUACAGAAGUUUCAAAACGAUUCUAAUAAAAAAUCAAAGUUAAUUGAACGAUCAAAAGCUAAAUAACAUUUAAGAGAAACAAAAACUUACUUUUUAUAUCUGAAUAUUUUUUUAAAGAAAAAAAAAUUCAGAUAUUGAAUUUCGAAGUGAAGAAAAAAAUAGUAUUAUUUCUUAAAAAAAAAUUUUAUUCUUUAUAUUUUGUUCGAAUUUGUUAAUAACUACUCUACUUGAUUUUCUUUGAAGUAAUCAUUGUACAGUCAAUUUUUUUGAUUUCAACUUGUCUGUCGGAACGAACUAGAUAUCGAUGAUCGAGAUUUAUCAAUUGGUACUUAGGGCCGAUCAUAGAUCGAGAAUUGUUUCGUUUCGUAGUAUUCAAUUUUAAAUGCAUCGAAAAAUCUAUGUAUGCUUUCAAAUUAUUGUUUUUAUAAUGUGCAUGAGUUUAAA